AGAAUAUAAUAAAAAGCUACCCAAAAUUUCACACAACAUCGCAUACACUUGGCUUUGAAGAGCAAAAACACACUCAAACGCACACAGAAGGCUCUUUCAGUUCUCUACAUUUCAUUCAAAGUUAAACCCUUCUUCCCCAACCGGAAUUUCACACUCUUCUGCGUUCACUUCACCAUCAAUGGACAUUGAGGAGGACAUCCGAUCCUUACAGCUCGAGUCAGCAGACGUAGCAGAAGACAGCAAUGGGGUUGUAAGUCCAGAUGAUGGAAAGACAGAAGUUGAGGAAUCUAUUAAUACAGAUCAAGAAGUUGAGGAAUCUAUUAAUGCAAAAGAAGAUUCUAAGCCGGAGGUUCAAGCACAAACUAUUAAGACUGAGAUAAAAGAUAAAGAGGUUCCGCCAGUGCAAGAUGAAGAGGACGAGGACAUGGCUAUCAAAAGACACUUAAAUGUUGUUUUUAUUGGUCACGUGGAUGCUGGUAAAUCAACAACAGGAGGCCAGAUACUUUUCCUCAGUGGUCAGGUCGAUGAAAGAACUAUCCAAAAAUACGAGAAAGAAGCCAAGGACAAAAGUAGAGAAAGCUGGUAUAUGGCUUACAUAAUGGACACGAAUGAGGAGGAGAGGGCCAAGGGAAAGACAGUUGAAGUUGGAAGAGCACACUUUGAGACAGAGACAUCAAGGUUUACGAUUUUGGACGCACCCGGUCAUAAGAGUUAUGUCCCUAACAUGAUCAGUGGUGCAUCUCAAGCUGAUAUUGGAGUAUUGGUAAUCUCUGCUCGAAAGGGAGAAUUUGAAACUGGAUAUGAAAAAGGCGGUCAAACCCGUGAACAUGUUCAGCUUGCAAAAACACUGGGGGUGUCUAAGCUCCUUGUUGUUGUUAAUAAAAUGGAUGAUCCUACAGUGAAUUGGUCAAAAGAAAGGUCCUCUCACUCUCAUCUUGCCUCUAACUGCACCUCCUCGCUAAGGGUUUUUGUUACAAUUAUAACUGAUUUUCUGUUUCUGUGCCCUAGGUAUGAUGAAAUUGAGUCGAAGAUGAUACCAUUUCUUAAGCAAUCGGGUUACAAUGUGAAGAAAGAUGUCGGGUUUUUACCUAUAUCUGGGCUGAUCGGUGCAAACCUAAAAACAAGAAUGGGUAAAAGCAUUUGUCCAUGGUGGGAUGGUCCUUGCCUAUUUGAAGCUCUUGACGCCAUUGAAGUUCCUCUACGAGAUCCUAACGGUCCUUUUAGGAUGCCUAUACUCGACAAAUUCAAAGACAUGGGAACUGUUGUUAUGGGCAAAGUGGAAUCUGGUAGUGUCCGUGAGGGAGAUUCCUUGUUGAUUAUGCCAAAUAAGGAUCAAGUGAAAGUUGUUGCUAUAUAUAUUGAUGAGAACCGGGUUAAACGUGCUGGACCUGGUGAAAAUUUACGGGUUAGAGUAUCCGGUGUUGAAGAAGAGGACAUAUCAUCUGGAUUUGUCCUGUCUAGUACUGCAAAUCCAAUACCAGCUGUAACUGAGUUUGUUGCUCAGCUGGCAAUCCUUGAAUUGCUAGACAAUGCAAUUUUUACUGCUGGGUACAAGGCUAUCCUGCAUGUCCACUCUGUAGUUGAAGAAUGUGAGGUUAUUGAGCUCUUGCAUCAAAUUGAUCCAAAGACAAAGAAGCCUAUGAAAAAGAAAGUCCUCUUUGUGAAGAAUGGUGCAGGUGUUGUGUGUCGAAUUCAGGUUAGUAACUCCAUAUGCAUAGAGAAAUUCUCUGACUUUCCACAACUUGGGAGAUUCACUCUUCGCACUGAAGGAAAAACUGUUGCCGUGGGAAAAGUCAUGGGUUUUUAGAUAUAGAGCACAAUUUUGACUUGAGGAUAUUAAUUUGGACAUAACACAAUUCCUGCAUAGACAAAUGGUGUUGGCCCGCAUUGAGACAUAGUUUACAAUAUCAAGUUUGAAAUGUAUCCAUAGUGAAGAGUAAUCUCGGCUGGUUGCUGCCAGUACAUGUGUACUUUUAUGCUGGCGUUAUAUGGCCUUUGGUGCUUCAGUGUUUGUGGGUGACAACUUUUCCAUGUUUCACCUUUGUGCUGCUUGAGAAUAUAUAAUUGAAAGUCUUGAUUUUGAAAUGAUCCAUGCAUUAACAGUGGAUUGUAAUAUGAUAUAAAUUCUGUGCCUUCUACUUA